AUGAAGACAGACGGCGGGGCGCAGACGUUCGGCGGCAGGAAGCAGAGUCUGAUCGAGGAUGCGCGCCGGGAGCGCAGCGUCGGAGGAGGAGGAGGAGGAGGAGGAGGAGGAGGAGGAGGAGGGGGCGCGCAGGGCUCCCCGGGGCCCUCCAGGUUCGGGGACGGCUUCGUGUUCGAGGAGAAGCACGGACGGGUGACCCUGAACGUCCUGUUCGCGCUCAGCGGCGAGAAAAAUGCAGGAUUCUUCAAAACGGGGAAAGUAUUUGAGGCGUUCGAAGCCAAGCUCCUCCACAUCGAGAGCCGGCCCAGGAGGAAGUCCAAGAACGGCCAGCCCGACCUGGAGUUCUUCAUGAAGAGCGAAGUUCACAGCUCCGACCUGGACGCCUUCAUCAACUCCCUGAAGAGGGUGGCCGAAGACGUCCGCGCCGUGCCCGAAGAAAAAGGCAAGCGGGAGUCUAUUUAUCCUUCUAUAAAAGACCUGGACAGAUGCAACGUGUUGAUAACCAAAUUUGAUCCCGACCUGGACCACGACCAUCCGGGUUACAAUGAUUUAGAAUACAGAAAGAGACGGGCGGCCAUCUCUGAGCUUGCCUUCAGUUACAAACAGGGGGACCCACUGCCCACGGUGGACUACACAGCAGAGGAGAUCUCCACAUGGAGGCAGGUGUACCAGCAGCUGCGGGGCGUCUACCCCAGCCUGGCCUGCAGGCAGUUUCUGGACGGGCUGCAGCAGCUGGAGGAGGAGUGCGGCUACGGGGAGGAGCGCAUCCCUCAGCUCCGAGAGGUGUCCGCCUUCCUGAAAGAGAAAACUGGUUUCCAGCUGCGUCCAGUCGCCGGCCUGCUGUCCGCCAGAGACUUCCUGGCCAGCUUGGCCUUCCGGGUGUUUCAGUGCACCCAGUACAUCCGACACUGCUCUGCGCCCAUGCACUCCCCCGAGCCGGACUGCUGUCACGAGCUCCUGGGCCACAUCCCCAUGCUGGCGGAUAAAGAAUUCGCCCAGUUUUCACAGGAGAUCGGGCUCGCCUCCCUCGGCGCUUCGGACGAAGACAUCGAGAAACUGUCAACGCUUUACUGGUUCACCGUGGAGUUCGGCCUCUGCAAGCAGGGCGGCGGCGUGCGGGCCUACGGCGCCGGGCUCCUGUCCUCCUACGGAGAGCUCCUGUACGCCAUGUCCAACGAGCCCGAGUACAAGCCCUUCAACCCGGAGGAGACGGCCGUGCAGCCCUACCAGGACCAGACCUACCAGCCCGUUUAUUUCGUGUCGGAGAGCUUCGAGGACGCAAAGAUAAAGCUGAGGAAGUACUCGGCCAGCAUCAAGCGGCCCUUCGCGGUCCGCUACGAGCCCUUCACCUGCAGCGUGGAGGUGCUGGACCAGCCCAGCAAGAUCCAGAACGCUUUGAGCCAGAUGAGGGAGGACCUGAAGACCCUUCACCGCGCCCUGGAGAAGCUGGGCUAAUCCCCCGAGGCCCAGACUACCGGAAAGCAACACGCAGGGGAGAAGAAGAAGAAGAAGCUUGCAAGCGAGACACCGUACUUAUCUUGAGUCAAAAGAAAAGUUGUUGUUUUUUAUUGCGGACGAACAGAGAAAAAAAAAUCCCAACGUAGAGGGGCUUUCAUUUGUGUGCAUAACCUGAGGAUGAUGUAAAAAG